AUGGCGGAGCAGCAAGUAGCCCUUCCACCUUCCGUUGAGGGUCUGAUAGAGAGGAUCUGCAAGAAGCAGAACCAACCCUCACCGGACUCCAAUGUGAGGCGACAACUGGCCGCGAUCGGAGAGCAACAAGCACUUCACAUUCUCGAUAUAAUCUCCAAACAAACAAUCCGAACCACUCUUAGCUUCUUCAUUCUCGGCUUGAUCAAACGCUCUUCACUCAAUUCCACGCGCCCUAAUCAAGUUAGUUUAGUCACUGCACGCUCACCAGUGAGCACGGCGUUGGUGGCGUUGGGAGAAUUGGAGUUCAGAAAGGCCUUUCUUCUGUUGAAUUAUAUCGGAGAAGAGAGUCUUGAAAACGUCAUCACUGCAGAAUAUAUUAGAAGUCUGAAGGAGUUGCCGAUGGUAAGUUUCGAGAGAGAAGUAUGGGAAGCUGUGGGGAAAAAGUACAACCGUGAAAGUGAUCGACAACGGUAUCUCCAAUGGGAUUCUGGCAUGGCACAUACAUAUCAGUGCUAUAUUUCUCCUGAUGGGAAAUUAAGGUUCAAGGGCCCUAUUUUACAAAGCACACGAACUCACCUGCAAAAAUCUCUUGGUGAUGAUAAUGUUUUGGUUGUUAAAUUUGCUGAGGAGGGGAGUGUGAGGAAUUUAAGGACCACUGCUCAAGAAGCUUAUGCUCUCUACGGGAAGUUUGGAAAAGAAGGGAUUCGUGUUGGUCUUCGUUUGUAUCGCUAUUUUGUUUUUAAAGAUAGUGGAAAGGAAGAGAAGAAGAAGGACCCAACAUCUUCCUCUGUGAAAUGUUAUUUUGUUAGGAUGGAAUCUUGCAACUCUGCAGACGAGAGGGCAUUUUACAUUUUGUCAAAUAAGACAAUGUAUGCAGCUAGAUCUAUAUUCAUGCAUGCUCACACGUUACCCAAUGUGGACAAGUUUAUGGCUAGGUUCUCUCUCAUUCUUUCAAAGACUUUAAAACUCAACAUUGACUUGGCAACUGUGAAUGUCCAAAAAAUACAAGAUAUAUAUUGCCGGGAUGAAAAUGGCAAUAUUAUGUAUAAAAAUGAGCAACCACGUAUUCACACGGAUGGAACUGGGUUCAUCUCAGAAGACUUAGCGAUGCUCUGCCCUAACAAUGUGUCAAGUGGAAGGAACUUAAAGAAUAAAUACAUUAAGGAAAUUUCCAAUCCGGUUGAACUUGAGGAUACGAGUAAGGCAAUGGGAGCAGCAGAGCUGAGCACACAUCAGCCGCCUUUGCUGAUUCAGUGCCGUAUCUUUCACAUGGGUAGUGCAAUUAAGGGAACUCUUUUGGUUAACAGAAAGCUUCCUCCGAGGACAAUACAGGUCCGGCCUUCAAUGAUUAAGGUUGAGACAGACUCAAGCCUUCAGAAUAUUCAAAGCAUAAAUUCAAUGGAGGUAGUAGCGACAAGCAACAAGUCAAAUAGAACAUUUUUAUCUAAGAAUCUGAUUGCACUUCUAAGCUAUGGAGGAGUGCCAAAUGAAUACUUCACGGACGUGCUUAGGAGUAAUUUGGAAGAUACAGAACAUGUUUUCUCGAACAAGCGUGUUGCACUCAAAGCUUCUGUCAACCAUGGUGAGAUGGAUGAAUACAAUGCAGCAGGAAUGAUUUUAUGUGGAAUUCCUCUUGAUGAGCCAUUUUUGCUGUAUCAUCUGUCUAUACUUGCAAAGGAGGAAAAGAAGAGGCUUAGAGGAGGGAGGCUUUAUGUACCUGAAUGUUUUUAUUUAAUGGGGACUGUUGAUCCCACCGGAUGCCUAGAAAAGAAUGAAGUUUGUAUAAUUCUUGAAAAUGGGCAAAUUACCGGGGAUGUGCUGGUUUAUCGAAAUCCCGGUUUACAUUUUGGGGACGUUCACAUACUGCACGCCAGAUAUGUGGAGGAAUUAGAAUCUUUUGUUGGCCAUAGCAAAUAUGCAAUUUUUUUCCCAUGUGUUGGACCUCGCUCUGUGGCAGAUGAGAUAAGUGGAGGUGAUUUUGAUGGUGACUUGUACUGGGUUUCAAAAAAUCCUCAGCUGUUACAAUAUUUCACAAAGAGUGACCCUUGGGUGGAACGUUCUUCACCUUGCAAUUCUGUCAGAUUAGAUUCCAGUGUUAAAAAGCCAAGUGCACUUUCAACUGAGGAACUUGAGGAAGAACUUUUUAGACUAUUCCUGGAAGUUCGUUUCCAACCAAGUAAUGCAAUAGGCGUGGCAGCUGAUAGCUGGAUGGCACUCAUGGAUCGUUUUUUGACCUUAAGAAAUGGCUGCACUAGAGAACAGGAGAAGGAACGUUUGAAGGAAAAUAUACUUCAAUUGAUUGAUAUAUACUAUGAGGCAUUAGAUGCUCCUAAGAAAGGUGGAAGAAAGAUCCAAGUUCCAAAUGAUUUGGCUGCAGAAAUGUUCCCGCACUAUAUGGAAAGGGACAGAUCAUUCACUUCAACCUCUAUCCUAGGUUUAAUAUAUGAUGAGGUUAGCAGAUGGCAAACUGAAGAUGUGUCAGUGAAAGAAAUUAGAAAAAUCCCCUGUUUUAAUGUUGAAAUACCUGCAAGCUGCAUGGAAAAGUGGGAAGCAUUAUAUAGAGAGUACAAGAAGGAUAUGACUAAUGCUUUAAACAACAAUUCUAACGCCAAAGAUGAUGCGGCCGCUGAAGUCAUUAAGACUUAUAGGCAGAAAUUGUAUGGUGCUGCUAAGAUGGAGGAUAGUCCAAAGAAAAUAAGUGAUAUUUAUAAUGAGGCUUUGGCUAUAUAUCACGUUACUUACGACUACGCCAUUCAAAAGAAUUCAGUCAGUAAAUGUGGCUUUGCAUGGAAGGUUGCAGGGUCAGCUCUCACGAGUCUUUAUACCAUUAAACAAAGUCAAAAGGCUGCGUUCUUUGAUUCCUCUGUUUUGCGUGAGAUUUUUGGUUCAUGACCUCAGUUAUUAACUCUCUGGCUGUGUAUAUAAUAAUGACUAAUGUAACAGUCAUAUCUAUAAACUGUA